AUUGUCCGGCUCCGGUGGCGGCGGCGGUCGGUGCUGCAAGAGCUGCGGCGGCGGCGCGGCGGCAGUGGGAGGGCGCGCGGCCGAGCGGAGGCAGAGUCCGCGCCGAUACCAUGGCUGGAGGCAAAGCUGGAAAGGACAGUGGGAAGGCCAAGGCUAAGGCUGUGUCUCGCUCACAGAGAGCUGGGCUGUUUCCUGUGGGCCGCCUCCACAGACACUUGAAGACUCGCACCACAAGCCACGGAAGGGUGGGUGCCACUGCUGCCGUGUACAGUGCUGCAGUUCUGGAGAACCUCACUGCUGAGGUGCUGGAGCUGGCAGGUAACGCUUCCAAGGACCUCAAAGUAAAGCGUAUCACUCCACGUCACCUGCAGCUUGCAAUCCGUGGUGAUGAAGAGUUGGAUUCCCUUAUCAAGGCUACCAUAGCUGGGGGUGGUGUGAUCCCUCACAUCCACAAAUCUCUGAUUGGAAAGAAGGGACAGCAGAAAACUGCUUAGAGGGUUGUUUUAACCAACCCUCUUCCUCCCCGUCAUUGUACUGUAACUGAGACAGAAGAAAUAAUGGGGAUAUAUGAAAUUUUUUAAAACAGUUAAAUGGAAAAGCAUAGACAAUUACUGUAGACAUGAUAAAAGAAACAUUUGUACGUUCUUAGACUCGAAGUUUGAUAAAAGUACCAUUUCAUGUGGUGACAGUUGUGUGUUGAUUGGCUAGCCUUCCUCCCAUGUGUUUUAUACAAAAAUGGAAUUGAUAAACCAUUUUUUACAAAAUUAA